UUUCCGUUUCGGCUUAUCUAGUGUUAACAUAUCUAAAAAUACUACGUAAAAUAAUUUUGGAAUCGUAAUAUUUUCAUAAAUUUGUAAUAAAUUUUAUAAAUUCAAUAUCUGGCGCUUUUAUCAUGCAAUUCGACCGAAUUGAAGAUUCAAGUAACCCCACGGCAACGUUGCUCCUGCCCAAUGCAGCAUCCACUCUCGUGGCCUUUAGCCUGCUAAUGGCUCUGAGCAAGUGGCGUCCCAUCCGAGGACCGGCGGGCACCACCAUGCAUCUAUCCCAUCGCAUAUUGCGUCUGCUGGUGGAACUGACGACCAUAACCAGUUUGGUCGAAUAUUUGCUCGUCAGGAUAUGGGUACCCAUGCUGGUGGCUCUCAUCAAAGUCUGCGAUUGGAUCACCGAGGGAUAUCUCGAACAGAAUUUUCCCAAAGUGGCCAACUUUAUAGAUAAGUCUUACUACACCAUCCGCUUUGUGCUAGCAUGGAUUGUAGCCACCAGCAUCCAUGCCCUCCAACGCUGGCUGACGACCAUCAGCAAGAAUAACGUUGAUCUGCCGAUGGAGCAGGAAGUUGGCGACGAACUGGAGCUCUGUCCUUAUGAUCAUUCGGAGGACAUCGUCAAGGUAUACAAUCCUCCCAUCGUUUUGUUCUAUGGCGUGGCUUCCACUCGCAAUCGGAAUGUGAGGGUGUUGGCCAUCAGUCACAGUGACCGAAUCAACCGUUUAGCCGGACUCGGACUCCUUGAGGACAUCUUUCCGGGGCCGCCACAGUUCCCUUCUGAUGUGGGUUUAGUGAGUGGCUCCCAAGAGGCAGACCGCAACCCAAGGAUGCUUCAACUAAAUUAAAUUCAUCAGAUACAGUAAUACAGAAGUCAAGUAGAUUUGUUUUCCAAGUUUUAGUUUUGUUUUAUCGUUAUAAAAUAGUAAAAAGAGA